CCCAUUGAAGCUUUCACGUACACAGCUAGCAGAUCCCAGUUUUCUUAGCUAGUUAGCUUCUGCCUAACUCGUGAGUUUCGAGGGAGCUAAAGAGAUCAUCAACAAUGGACUCCAUUGCCGAGAAGCCACAUGCAGUUUGCAUACCAUUCCCGGCUCAAGGUCACAUAAACCCAAUGCUGAAACUAGCCAAACUCCUUCACCACAAAGGGUUUCAUAUAACUUUUGUCAACACAGAGUACAACCAUAAGCGCCUGCUGAAAUCUCGAGGCCCCAACUCCCUUGAUGGCCUUCCUUCCUUUACGUUCGAGACCAUUCCCGAUGGUCUCCCUCCCACUGAUGCCAAUGCGACGCAAGACAUACUAUCACUUUGUGUAUCCACAAGGACAAAGUGCUUACCACAUUUCAGAGACCUACUUUCCAAGCUGAAUUCUUCAUCAAAUAUUCCUCCGGUCAGUUGCAUUGUUUCGGAUGGUGUCAUGAGCUUCACUGUUGAGGCAGCUCAAGAACUGGGCAUUCCCGAAGUUCUUUUCUGGACAACUAGUGCUUGUGGCUUCAUGGGCUACAUGCAGUAUCAGAAUCUCAUUGAUGAGGGUCUCAUUCCUCUUAAAGAUGCCUCUUGUUUGACAAAUGGUUACUUGGAGACUGAGAUAGACUGGUUACCAGGCAUGAGAGGUAUUCGUUUGAGGGACCUCCCGGCAUUCAUCAGGACUACUGACCCAGAAGACGGCAUGAUGAAGACUAUGCUGAUUGAGACAGAACGAGCUAAAAGAGCUUCUGCUAUCAUUUUGAACACAAUCGAUGACUUAGAACAUGAAGUUCUUGAUGCACUUAAAAAUUUGCUACCACCUAUCUACUCCAUUGGACCCCUGCAUCUACAGCUUGAUCAGGUUCAAAGUGAAGGUACCGACUUGAAGUCGAUUCAAUCAAACCUAUGGAAAGACGAACCAGAGUGUCUUGAAUGGCUCGACUCCAGAGCUCCUAAUUCUGUAGUUUAUGUCAAUUUUGGAAGCAUCACGGUCAUGACAUCCGAGCAGCUAAUUGAGUUCGCUUGGGGACUUGCAAACAGCAGCAAGACAUUUUUGUGGGUCAUUAGGCCUGACCUUGUCGGAGGGGAAUCAGCUGUGGUUCCACCAGAGUUUGUGGAAGAGACAAAAGAAAGGAGUCUAUUGACAACUUGGUGCCCUCAAGAACAAGUUCUGAACCACCCUGCAAUAGGAGGGUUCUUGACUCACAGCGGGUGGAACUCAACCCUCGAAAGUGUGUGUGCAGGCGUUCCAAUGCUCUGUUGGCCUUUCUUUGCUGAGCAACAAACCAAUUGUAGGUAUUGUUGCAAAGAAUGGGGCAUAGGGAUGGAGAUAGAGGGUGAUGUCCACAGAAGUAACAUAGAGGAACUUGUGACGAAACUAAUGGAAGGAGAGGAGGGAAAAGAAAUGAGGAAGAAAGCUAUGGAGUGGAAGAAGCUGGCAAAGGAGGCUGCUACUGGUCCCAAUGGAUUAUCAUUUCUGGAUUUGGACAAAAUGGUAAAUGAGGUUUUGCUCUCUAAGAAAUUGAAGUAGGGUAAUUGAUUGUUUGAACAAUGAAAAUUCUUAUUCUUUCUUUGAUUCGUGUAUUUUACUGAUCCCUUUGUAUUUGUUAUUUUUCCUAUAUUGUAAUUUUUCUAUUAUUAAGUGACCUUGCUGGCACAUCCUU